GAAAGACUUUCUUUCGACGAGGGUGCGUUAACUUUGCCCAUACAAGUGAUUAGGUGAGAAAGAACGAAGAGAGCUCCUUACGAGCGCCAACAAACAGAACACGAACAGACCAUAAAGCUUCAACAUGGCGUUCGUGGAGUUUGAAAUCACCGAUUUGGUUGAACAGUUCAUGGCCGUAACAGGCGCUGAAGAUACUGUAGCAAUGCUCUUUCUACAGCAGUCAGGUUGGAAUGUGCAGGUAUUUAUUUCACUUAUCAAAGUGGAUGAACGCUUUUCAUUGUUUGUACUUCGAGUGUGGAGUGAGGAGGGGAAUUAGCACCAGGCUUCUGCUUCGUUUCAAGCUUUAUGAAAGCCACGGUGAAAUCAUGUGUUAUAGACCUCUUUCAUAAUGGCGGCUUAUUAAUAUAUUCUUUCUUAUCUCGUUUGAAAGUAUAAUUGUUUUCUAUUUUGCACAUGUCAACAAGGUCAGAAAGGCUAAUUAUUAUUCAUAAAAAAUAAUAUAUUCUUAGGCCGCCUUUAUGAAAGAGGUCUAUUCACCAGUGGCAGUGUUAAGCCCCAUGGUAGGGGGACAGGGCAUACCCAGGGGGAUUUAACAUUUUAGGCCAUUUUCAUGUCACAUUCUUUACCCAGGGGGGAAAAAACUGAUGUCAAAUACCCUUUCCCUGGGGUACAUUUUGUUUGAUUUAAGAUGGUAUAAAUUACAGUGCGUUAUUUCCCCAGGGGGUUACUUGGGUUAAUUUUUACAGGGUAUGUGCCGCUGGCCUCUGAGAGCCCCUACCCCUUUAUAGUCUAUUUUGUGGCCAAUUGUAGACCCCAUCUUAGUCACGUUUGGGCAAAUAUGUAAUUUUUGUGAUCCCAACUUAGUCACUUUCUAUUUAUGUAUCUACUUUAUCAAUCCUUUAAAUAGGUCAUCCUAAAGUGAAUUGACCCAUUUUUAAAUAAAUUUAAUGAAGAACACUUUACUUUUCACCUACAGUACAAAUAUUCUGAUACGUUUGCUAACCAAAAAUAUGAACAACUUUCUUACACCAAAAAUCUGAAAAUUCUGUGGAAACCCAUUCUAGUAACUCUAUUGAAAAUGCGACCCCAUUAUAGUCAAUCCAGUCGUGAAAAUGCGACCCCAUCCAGCAGCACAUCCCCAUUAGACUCUUAUAAGGAAGUGCCGCCCCGCCCCCGGAUUAUUUCCUUGUCACUCCCACAGUCUUUCUUUUUUGUCUAGUUAUGUCCAACACUUUGUACAGAGCCAUUUCUCCCAAAAUCAAGAACCUUUUAACGCUGUUUAGUCAAUGAAUAAGUAACGAAGACAUGUGGGCAUAAGGAACUUCCAGAAACAGCAAUCCCAAGGAACUCUGGGUAAUGUUUCAGACUAGGUUCCAGGCUCUUGCAAGAUCUUGUCAAAGUCCCCCAUCCUUGGGAUCUUGUGUUACAUCAAAAUCUUUUAUUAUUCCCCACCCAUAGGAAACGAAAUACAGUCAAAUGCCCCAGGAAUGCCUGGCCCCACUACCCUGGGGCUUAACAUUGCCUGGUGCAUUAAACUAAGCUGACGUCAGUUCACUCAGUUUCCUAACCCUAAUCACCAAACUUCAGAGCCAUUCCACAUUCGGCGUUCUGCAAAAUACCCCUGCUCACUCGACCAAUAUUUGGGUAUAGGUGAGCCACCGUGGGCAGUAGGGGUAUUUAGCCUCUAGAAGAGAAGCUACACUAGAUUUCACUGCAUUUGUGGUAGCCUCCCAUGCAGAUGUUCUUUAUAGGGCUAUGAAAGUUCAUUGUAUACUCUGGGCAGUGUAGAACAUUCAGCGCACAAACAGACCACACCAUGCUUCAGGUGAUCACUUACUGGAGGGUAAAAUCAGUUGGGAACUAUAAAACCCCAGGCGAAAAAGUGGCUGUGCAUGCUUAUGCAUGAGAGGUGGUCUUUUAUGGGUGGUGUUAAUUGGUGUUUUGGAUAAGUGUUGAUUAAUAGAAAAAUAUAUGUAUUUGAUUUGCAAAUAGGCAAGGAUUUCAACACGUGCCUAUUAACCUAUAUGUCCUCACAGGAAACUGCUUUAGAGGAAUGUAUUGUGUUGUCUUUUUUUUCAGUCAGCGGUAAAUACGUUUCUUGAUCAAGCAAGUUGUGGUAGCUGUGAAGGAAACAGGGAUAAUCCAGUAAUGGUAAGUAUUUUUGACAGGGGACUUCCUUUGACUGGUUAAUCAUAAUUAAGCAACUUCAGAUUUAGGGGCUACAUUUAUUGCACCUGUUUAGGGGAAUUAUGCAUUUCACUAAUUUGUUAGUCUAAAUUUCAAAACCUUUUGUUUGACAUUUUGAGGAGGACUUUAACAAUGUUUCUGCCUUCGGUUCUUCACUUAGAUGUUUUAAUUUUGAAGUUGUGUCUGGUCAGUUCUUUACUUUUGCAGUUUUAAUCCAACUUAUUGUCCCAUUUGUCUGUACUUUGUCUAUCUUAUGUCUGUGUUUCAAAUCCAUGUCACUUGGUUGAAUUCUAUCUGACAGAGCCUUGUUAAUUUUCCAAUUUUUCCAAAUGCUUCCAAAUUAAUAUCUUUGCUAUAUUUAUGCCAUGUUAGGUGUCUGAAGAUGAUGUAUCAACUUUAUCCAUGGGUUCAUCAAACAAGUAAGUUGAUAUUCUUGUAGGUACUCAUAUUAUUAUGAGCUUAGGUGGUGUACUCCAGUUCACUAACUGCAGGCUUUUCAUUUUGGUCCUGUGGUCGUCUGUUGCUUGAGUGCUGACAAAACUCAGGUUUUGGUGACUGCUUAUUUUUAUUUUACAAUUCACGCAUGGAUAUAACACCCUUAUCAUCACUUCCCCCUUAGGUGUACAGAUUCAACUAGCAUCAGAUUCUUGAAGCUCCUCUAGAUUCUCUCCUACAUCUCUGGUUUCAACAUGCUUAAGUGCUAAAAAACAAUUCUAAACUUUGCAUCCUGGUUUUUAACUUAGCCCUAUUUGAAUCAAAUAGGAAACUGAGUAAAUCUCUAACAGGUCCUCAUAACCUGAAACAUGAUAUGCAGAAUUUGAUAGGAUUUUCUAAAUGUUUCACAAUAUCCGCCAGCAAAUAAAAUGGUGACUGUUAAUAAUAUGUCAUCAGCCUUAACUUCUAGAAACGGCUUUCAUUUUGAAUAAAAGAUGUGGUCCCAGUGGAGCCUGGGCAGCACAUACCCCUCCCAGAGCAAACCCAAGUACACCUCCCAUCCCCCUUCCCACAACCCCCCCCCCCCCCCCCCCCCCCCUCCCCCCUUACCCCAACUUUUUAAAAACAAAUGCCGGGGUCGGGGGGGGGCUUAGGUUUGGUUUUUGGGGGGGAUUCUUUUAUUUUGUCCCCACUUUGCCUAUGACCACUCUUUCUUUAAAAUUUGAUUCUGAGCUUUCAUAUUACGUCAUCCCUAACAUCAAGACUCUGCAUUCACUUUGAAUAAACGAGUUGGUACCAGUUGACUCUGGGCAACACAAUCCCCACCCAUAGCAAACCCAAUUUCUCCACCCGACCCACUGCCCCACUCCCCCCCCCCCUCCACAUCCCCUUCAUCUAUUACACAACUGUUUGAAAGACAGAUGCCGGGGUCGAGGUGAGUCUAAGUUUUGAUUAUGUGGGUGAAUUCUCAUAUUGUGACCACUCUUAGCAUAUGACCACUUUCAAUUUAAACUUGAAUUCUCAGCUUGCUCAACCUGGGUUUUUAACAGUCAUAAAUUCACCAAGGGGGUUACAUUUUGAUUUUCUUCCAGAGAACAAAAAGAUGAACAGAGUAACCCAAACUUGACUGUUUUGUCAUGGAAUGUUGAUGGUCUGGAUGAAAGAAAUAUUCUGGAAAGAACAAGAAACGUUUGCCAUAUCAUUAACAACAGAAAACCUGAUGCAGUGUUCUUACAAGAGGUGAUAUCACAGACUUUAGCCAUUUACCAAUCAAAAUGUCCAGGGUAGGUGGAUAACCUUACAUUCCUUCAUGUAAUCCCUCACUUUAUGCAAAAGUGUAUAUGUUGUAGUUAAGACGGAAUCCAUUAGGAAACUGAGUAAUUUUAAUUUUCAGUGGACAAAAACCUUGUACCAGAAUAUUUUAAGCCAUAUCACAUUUUUAUUUACACUUUUUAAGGGCUAUAGAUGUAAUUAGUUAUCUGUAUUAACACCAAAGACAAUUUCUUACAGGAGCCAAAGAAAAUAAAUUUCAAAUUUCACAGGAAUUGACAAAACAAAGGUAAAAUGAUCUAAAAUCGUCAUGUGCAAAACUUCAUUUUGUGAGAAUUUGAGGCUUUUGAAGUUUGUUUUCUUGGGUUCCAAUAAGAACCUUUUCUUCAAAGUUAUUUCAUACAACGUAUUACAUUUAUAGCCCUUGAAAAGUGUGAAAAAGAAUGCAAUAUGCUUGAAAUUAUUCUGGUACAAGGUUUUUGUUCAUUGAAAAUUAAAAUUACUCAAUUUCCAGAUGAAUUUUGUCUUAAUUUCUUUUGUUUCAACUUCAUUAGCAUACAUUACCAUACCCCAAAACAAAAGAAAAACAAAAAUUACCUGAGAUAAAAAAUUAACUACAACAUAUACAUGUAUAUCCUAUUCCUUCACUGAACAAACAGUCCUGAAAAUAUAGAAGAGGUAGAUUUGAAAACAACGUGUGAAGAAUACUCAUGCUCACAUGAUGCUCUUGAGGCACAUUUCUCUAGACUAAAGUCCUGAUAACUUUUCAGGUCUGAAAAGCUGUUUUAUGUUUGUUGUGUUUGCAUUCAAGAUCAAAGUUUCAAUAAAAAGUUUCAAAGUUAUUUCAUACAACGUAUUACAUUUAUAGCCCUUGAAAAGUGUGAAAAAGAAUGCAAUAUGCUUGAAAUUAUUCUGGUACAAGGUUUUUGUUCAUUGAAAAUUAAAAUUACUCAAUUUCCAGAUGAAUUUUGUCUUAAUUUCUUUUGUUUCAACUUCAUUAGCAUACAUUACCAUACCCCAAAACAAAAGAAAAACAAAAAUUACCUGAGAUAAAAAAUUAACUACAACAUAUACAUGUAUAUCCUAUUCCUUCACUGAACAAACAGUCCUGAAAAUAUAGAAGAGGUAGAUUUGAAAACAACGUGUGAAGAAUACUCAUGCUCACAUGAUGCUCUUGAGGCACAUUUCUCUAGACUAAAGUCCUGAUAACUUUUCAGGUCUGAAAAGCUGUUUUAUGUUUGUUGUGUUUGCAUUCAAGAUCAAAGUUUCAAUAAUUUUGAAAGUGAUACAAUGAAACUGUUAGGUAAUGGAGCAAAAUUGCCUAGUUUGUAAGCUAGGAACUGUGCUACUGUUCAACAGGUUUUGAUUUUAAAGUUUUCUUUAGGUGCUGAAAAGUUGCUGGGCCUUUCAAGAAACAGGCCUGUGGGAGUGGUGCCUGGUUUAAAUAACAACUUUCUGUUAAUCUUUUCAUUUUAAGAUACUUGUGCAAGUGUGGACCAACACAUGGAGCAUAUUUCAACAUAAUGCUGCUAAAGAACUCUUCCGUCAAACCAACAAGUAACCAUCAGUGCACACACUUCUCGUCAAGUCAAAUGGGUCGCCACUUGCUUUGUCAACCCGCAAUAUUUAGGGAUAAAACUGAAAUAAUUCUAAUGACUUCACAUCUUGAAAGUACACUGAAAUGUAAAAAUGAACGCAAAAGACAGCUCGCGGAAGUCUUGGCAUGCAUAACAGACCAACCAGGGGAAGCUACCGUUGUGUUUGGUGGUGACACAAACCUGCGUGAUGCAGAGGUGUCAGCCAUUGGAGGACUACCAAGCGGCAUAGUAGAUGCUUGGGAGCAGUGUGGGAGACCUAAAGAAGCAGAGUUUACAUGGGACAUGCAGAUGAAUGACAAUCCUGAAUGGCCAUACCCCAAAAAGCCUAAAAUCAGAUUUGACAGGAUGUUUGUAAGGCCUGGUCAGGGACUGCAUGCUUUGAAGACAACUCGAUUUGAGCUUGUGGGAAUGGAAAGACUGCCUGGGUGCCGUAGGUUUCCCAGUGAUCACUGGGGCAUAUGGUGUGAAUUCACACCAUUGUUGACAAAUUAAAGGCAUUCAUACACUUGUAGACUGUUCACAUUCCCCCAUUUUCCCGUACGAUCGGCAAGAUUUGUGACCACCCCCUUUGGUACAUCAGAAACUAAGAUGGCUGCCCGUACUGUUAAGUGCUUG